CAAGCACCUCGAAUUUAUCAACCAUCGGCGGUAGAUUACCAUCAGUCAGAAAUUCUGGAAUCUAACUCAAAUUAACUUUGGGCACAGAUAUUGUCGAAAAUUCGGGGUCUCUGCUGACUCAAGUCGUAACGAUCGGCAUAGUGGGAACAGUGUCUGAAGGCAGGUUUCCCCCGGAGCAUGUCUGGGAGUGCGAGAAGCACAAAGGGGUGUUGGACUUGUCGCCUUCGUAAGAAGAAAUGUGACGAAGGAAAACCAGUGUGUUUAACAUGUAAUAAUCUCGCCGUGACAUGCCAUAGGUAUGGUCCAAAGCCAGAGUGGAUGGACGGCAAGGGUAGAGAGAAGGAUAUGGCGGAGACAAUUCGACGUGUAGUCAAGGAAACGACUGCAGAAAGGAAGCGGAUAGCAAUGAAGCGGCGACCACAGCAACAACAACAAUCCAAUGGAUCUACGAACAAUGCCGCGGCUAAGGAGCCAACCCACCCAGCACCACCUGCUACUACGCUACCAUCCCCUACACGGACAGACUCGUCAGAUGACUGGGGAGGGCGCGUGAUGAAUCGUGUAUCCCCGUUAGUCGCUACAGACCCUCCUCUUUCAGAUUUUUCGGUCGUUCCAGAAGAAGUCGACACAGAACUACUCAUGCACUACCUAGAUCACGUUUUCCCACUUCAGUUCCCUUUCUAUAAGCCAUCGGUAGUCUCUGGUGGUCGGGGCUGGCUUCUAUCUAUUUUGACGACGACAAAACCUUUGUAUUAUGCUGCUAUUAGCUUGGCAGCCUAUCACCGGCAGUCUAUGCUAUGCCGCGACAGUGCAAGCAAGCACCACGGCCUCGACUUAGAGUCCCUGGAAAGGCAAUAUGCACGUGCGCUGAGUGAACUCCGGCAAUAUCUGGCAAAAAUUGGGGACAAGAAGGAGGCUCGUACCCAAGUCGAAAACGUCGACGUCCUUUCUUGUUUGGUAAUGUUGAUAUCUUUAGAAAUGUUCAAAGGGGAUGCAAGAAAUUGGAGGAUGCACUUAUCUGCAGCGGCGGUGCUUGUCCCAGACAUCAAACGUGAGGAAAGGGUUGCCGAGUUUGCCAGUUUAUCCCCAGGAUACCAAUCAGCUUUAUUCUUCUUCGCUGGCGUGGUUGGAUGGUACGACAUUCUCUCCUGCAGCACCACAGGAGAGCCGCCGUUCUCGAAAUGCGAAUGUAUUGGCACAGCUUUGGGUUAUAUUUUCCUUGAUAAAAUAAUGGGCUGCGAAAACUGGGCCAUGCUCCUCAUUAUGGACAUUGCUUUUCUUAACGACUGGAAACAGAAUCUCCAGAUAAGCGCUCAGUUGAGCAUGCGCGAGCUAGUCACUCGUGCAACUCACAUUGAACGAGGUCUUGAAGAUGGUCUUCGAGACACCUCUAGCAGACUCAGCCAAUUAACAAAUCACAGCACCCCUUCGAUUCUAAGUACCGGGAUACAGGAAUCGCCUCAUCUCACGCUUCUAAUCACACGCAUCUUUGCCUGUUCUGCGCUUGUGUAUCUUGACGUAGUCGUCUCAGGCGCUUAUCCUAAAAUGCCAGAAAUCCGCAAAAACGUGUCUCGGACGAUAGAUGCAUUGCGAGCACUGCCUGAUAUAGCGAUGAUCAACAGCCUUACUUGGGCAUAUUGCAUUACAGGCUGCAUGGCAAUAGAAGAAGAGCAGAUGUUCUUCAGAGGCCUGGCGGUAUCGAGCAAUGGGGAUACCCCGACAUUUGGGAAUUUCUCAAAAGCACUAUCUAUUGUAGAAGAGUGCUGGAGACUGCGGGGGGAAGAGAAACGGCAGCAGCCAGUCGACUGGAGAACAGCGAUGAAUAGUUUAGGGAUGAGUGUCUUGUUUGUGUAAUUAUUCUUGUACUAUAUUUCGAAAUUUGAUUUCGUACAUCCAUGUAGGAACAGAAAUGAGACAGACAUCAUGGUCCUUAAAGCCAGGCAGCCAAUCCAUGCCCAGGUAGUCAAGAG